UAUAAAUAUAUAUCACAUUCUCUCUCUAGCAUAUGGUAACAUUCCCUCUUCAAACUCAAGAGCCAUUCCUCAAACGCGGUGCAGAAGAAGAAGCAACACGAUAAUGUCUCUUCAAGAAUGCCCCCUCCCUUUAUCCAAUCAAAGCCACCGACCUCUCUCUCUCUCCUCCUCAACCCACCACUUUCUCUCUCAUCACUCAAGCAAACCCACGCCCAUCUCCUUCGCUAUUCUCCUCACGACCCCACCACUUCAUGGCUCCCCCAUCUUCUCUCUUCCUCCGCUCAACUCCCCCACCCUACCUACACUUUCUCUCUCUACGCCCACCUCCUCUCAUUCUCUCUCUGCCCACCCCGUUCCCACCCUCUCUCUGUCUAUCCCUUCCUUCUUCCCCCUCUCCUCAAAUCCGCCUCUCUCCUCUUCUUGCCUAUUCUCGGUGCCUCUCUCCACGCGCUAGCCCUCCGCCUUGGCCUCUUUGCCAAGCCCAAUAUCCAGAACUCCAUCCUCAACUUGUAUUCUAACCUUCUCUUUCUAGGCUGCGCACGCCAAGUGUUCGAUGAAAUGCACCAAAGAACCCCACCUGACUGGAAUUCCAUGAUCUCCGCAUAUGCUCGAGUCCAAGACCUCAAAAAUGCCCAAAAGUUGUUCGAUUCCAUGCCUGAACGCACAGCGGUUUCCUGGACAGCCAUGCUUUCAGCCUAUGCAAAAUGUGGUCAAUUGAGCUUGGCUCGAGACCGCUUCUUUGAUAAGAUGCCAAAUCGUACAGUAGUUUCAUGGAAUGCAAUGCUCUCUGGUUAUGCGCAAAAAGGAUUUGUCAAUGAAGCAAUAGAGCUCUUUCGAGAUAUGGUUAUGAGGAGAGAGGUUCCACCUAAUGAGACCACCUUGGCCACCGUGGUAUCUGCAUGCUCGAAGCAUGGUGACCCCGAGCUUGCUGAAUGGAUCAUUGGGUUCGUUGAUCAAUGUGGGGUGAAGCCUAAUUGCUUUGUGAAGACAGCCAUGGUUGACAUGUACUGCAAGUGUGGUAGCCUGGAGAAAGCGAGAGAGCUCUUUGAUGCCAUGACUCAUAAGAAUUCCUUCUCCUGGAAUGCCAUGAUUUCAGGGUAUUCGAGAAAUGGAAAUUUGUGUUCUGCCCGUGAGCUCUUUGACAAGAUGCCCAAUAGGACUGUGGUAUCAUGGAAUUCGAUGAUUGCAGGGUAUGCGCAAAAUGGACUAUGGUCCCUGGCCAUCGAAUUGUUUAAAGAGAUGGUAGAACGGGCCAGAGUUGGACCAGAUGAAGUGACGAUGGUGAGUGUUAUUUCGGCUUGUGGUCAUUUGGGAGCACUGGAUCUAGCGAAUUGGGUAAGAGAAACAAUUGGUACCAGUAAGAUAAGAUUGAGCCUCAAAGGAUACAAUUCCAUGAUACAUAUGUACUCAAAGUGUGGGAGCAUGGAAGAGGCUUGUAGAGUCUUUUUCGACGAAAUGCCUGAGAGAGAUGUGGUCUCUUACAACGCGCUCAUUGCAGGGUUUGCCCAACAUGGCCAUGGGACAGAGGCGCUUGAGCUGUUUCAUGUGAUGAACGAGAGAGGAAUCGAACCUGACAGCGUCACUUAUAUUGGAGUGCUCACUGCUUGUAGCCAUGCUGGUUUAGUACAAGAAGGAUGCUCUUUGUUCCAGUCGAUAGGUGAACCAUCGGUGGAUCAUUAUGCAUGCAUGGUAGAUCUUCUUGGGCGAGUAGGGCGGCUUCGAGACGCCGAAACCCUCAUCAAGAAGAUGCCUGUGAACGCUCAUGCUGGAGUUUAUGGAGCACUUUUAAAUGCUUGUCGAAUGCAUAGAGACAUAGAGAUUGGAGAGAAGGUGGCAGCUGAGCUUUUCAGGUUAGAGCCUGAUAAUCCUGGCAAUUAUGUACUUCUCUCUAACAUGUAUGCAGCGGCAAGGAGAUGGGAGGAUGUAGAGAGAGUGAGGACUAUGAUGAGAGCGAAAGGAAUAAGGAAGACUCAGGCAUGUAGUUGGGUCGAAUUCAGGGGCAAAAUUCACCAGUUCAUCGCCGGUGAUUGCUCGCACCCGGAGUUGAAGGAGAUUUACAAGGUUCUGGAGGAGCUUAUGAUGGAAUUGAGGAGGAGGGGUUAUGUGCCUGAUAAGAGUUCUGUCUUAAGAGAUGUUGAGGAAGAAGAGAAGGAAGAAUUGGUGGGGACUCACAGUGAGAAGUUGGCCAUUGCUUUUGGAUUGAUUGCUUUGGAGGCAGGGGUGCCCAUAAGAGUUAUGAAGAACCUUAGAGUGUGUGGAGAUUGCCAUGGUGCUAUCAAAUUGAUGUCCAAGGUGGUUGGAAGGGAAAUCCUUGUGAGGGACAAUAAUAGGUUCCAUCUGUUCAAGGAUGGUCAUUGCUCUUGUAAGGAUUAUUGGUGAUCUAAUAAUGCAACGCCUCUACUGCAAGGAUCAUUGGCGAUACAAAAAAAAAAAAAGGUUAGAUGGACUGUUUAAUAUAUCUGUUAUUUAGAUAUAAAGACAUGGGAAUUCAUCCGAGUGUA